GUUCCUCUCGCGGGGAUUGGCUGUUGGCUGCGUUGCGGCUAAACUCGUGUGCGGCAGCGGAGUCGGCGGCGGAGUCGGCAGCGGCGGCAGCGAGAGUUUGGCGCGAUGUCUCACACCAUUUUGCUGGUACAGCCUACCAAGAGGCCAGAAGGCAGGACUUAUGCUGACUAUGAAUCUGUGAAUGAAUGCAUGGAAGGUGUUUGUAAAAUGUAUGAAGAACAUCUGAAGAGAAUGAAUCCCAACAGCCCCUCUAUCACAUAUGACAUCAGUCAGUUAUUUGACUUCAUUGAUGACCUGGCAGACCUCAGCUGCCUUGUUUACCGAGCUGAUACCCAGACAUACCAGCCUUAUAACAAAGACUGGAUUAAAGAGAAGAUCUACGUGCUCCUUCGUCGACAGGCCCAACAGGCCGGGAAAUAGUUGAGUUUGGAAGCAUUAGGGGGAUGGGGGUGGACUUGGAACACAGGUGUGUACAGUGUGCUGUAGUAGAAGUUUUGUAUUAUAGUAAUCCUGUUUCCAUUUUGGUACACUCUAGCCAGGAUUGAAUGUAUUAGAUGAAAUCUGAGGAUCUUGUUCAAUCUGAAGCCCCCUUUGUCCCCUUCUCUCCACUCCUUUUUUUUUUUACUUAAAACAUUUUUAUGAUGAUUUAGGUGGAAGUUGGUUUUUGUUAGUUAAUGUUGGUUCCAGUCCUUCAGAUGUGCUUUAUAACAUUCACUGUACUAACCCUUCUUCAAAUCAGGGUGGGGGUGGUGACGCGGUUUAGUUAUGUCCUCAAGACAAAGUCUUAGUGAGAAAAAAAUAAAUGUCCUUUAGUUAUAUUUUC